GUGUAGACACCAACGACAUACUGACUGCUUACAUAUCGGCCAUCAAAGCCCUUCGGAUUCUCGACUCCACGGGGUACAUCCUGCAGCUUGUUUGUGAGCCAGUCUGCCAGUACCUCAGGACGCGGGAGGACACGGUGAAGUGCAUAGUGUCGAACCUGACGGACGAGAGCUGCGUGGAGCUCGCUGGGGAGCUGGUCAAGUUCACCCCGAUCACCCUGGAGGACACGUGCCCCAGCGACGAGGACGACGAGGACUGGGAGCACUGGCAGCCCGCCCCCGUGGGCAACGACCAAGUGCAGGUGUCGAAGGGGACGCGGUCCUCAGACAUAGUGAGCAUGCUGGUGAACAUCUACGGGAGCAAGGAGCUGUUUGCGAGCGAGUACCAGACCUUGCUGGCGGAGCGGCUGCUGGCCCCAGGCGGCGUGGACACGGAGAGGGAGGUGCGCUACCUGGAGUGCCUCAAACUGCGCUUCGGAGAGGCCCAGCUGCACUCGUGCGAGGUCAUGCUCAGGGACGUUGCAGACUCCAAGCGCCUGCAUGCCAACCUGGCCUCCGGGGCCGCCCUCGCACCUGCGGACUUUGACGUGUCGGCCACAAUCAUCUCGGCCCAGUUCUGGCCGUCCCUGAAGGACGAGAAGCUGGUGGUGCCCCCAGCAGUGCAGGCAGCCCUGGACCGGUACACCAAGGCCUUUGAGGCAGUCAAGGGCAACCGCACCCUGCACUGGAAGCCACACUUGGGGCAGGUGGACCUGGAGGUGGACACAGGCUCUAGGGUGCUCCAGCUCUCGGUGUCCCCCAUCCACGCCACCGUCAUCUAUCUGUUCCAGGACAAGGCGCGUUGGACCCUGGACGAGCUGAGUGGUGCGACGCACGUGUCCGGCACCAUGCUGCGCCGCAAGCUGGCCCUGUGGCAGGGCCACGGGCUGUUGCGAGAGGACAGCCCCGGAGUGUUCACACUGUGCGAAGAGGGCCAGGGUGGGCCCUCCGGCACCCUGGCCAUAGAGGUGGAGGGGGACGAGGACGACGACGAGGCACAUUCGGUCAUGGCCUCCACCCAGGACCAGAAGGAGAGCGACUUGCAGAUGUACUGGUCAUACAUAGUGGGCAUGCUGACCAACCUGGAGAUGCUGACCCUGGAGCGCAUCCACACCAUGCUGAAGAUGUUUGCCAUGCAGACGCCUUCGACGACCGAGCUGACCGUCCAGGAGCUGAGGCUCUUCCUAGACAGCCAGGUGGCCAAGCAGAAACUGCUCUACUCCGGGGGACACUACAGGCUGCCCAAGGCAGACCUCAUCUGAGGGCUGGGAUCGGGGAAAACUAGAGCCCUUCUUAACCGCAGCACGACUGCACCCUGUCGGAAGGUGAAGUCGUGCUUCGAUUACGGUGCCCGAAUUGCCUCUUUGACCAGUGCGUUUACCAGCCCAUGCACCGAAAGUGGUCCCAAAGUAGCAACAGACUGCGUCGCACGAGACAGGUCGUCGUGCUGUGGGAUGUUGCAGAGCCCGGCUGUUUGAGUCUGCCCCCCCAUUGCGAUCCUGGCAGCGGCACAGCAGUGGCGGUGAAUGAGGCAGGUGACAGUUCUCCCUCGGGUCGCUCUCGAGCCUCACAGUCCACGGAAGCUUUGGCAGCCAGGGGUUUGGAGGCCGCGACGACGACGGCACUCGUGUUGUUCCAUUCUUUUUUUUAGUACCUUUUACGACCUUUUACGGGCAUGGCACGCGUCAUCCGACAGCGUGCCAUGCCCGCUCCUGCGAUAUCAUUUGUUGGCACUUUGGGACCGCAUUCGAUGCACGGGUAGGAAAAGGCACCAAGCGCGCCGGUCGAAGGUUCAGGUGCCGUAAUCUUGCCACAACUACGGCGUCAUUCACAACCCUUGAUGGUUGUGUUGCAGUGGGAAAGCGGUUCAGUGCCGCUUUCCCACAGCACGCUCGUUUCGCACUCGUAGUGAAACGAGUGUUGUGGCUUUUUUUGUGUGCAUUACGAUUCUACUUUGCUUUAAAAAGUAAAAUAUACUCUGUAAGUUAUUUUCAAA